CCAUUUCCACGUCAGUAAGUUUGCCUGUGGUGGAGAUUACCUACCGGUGACAGAAUAUCUGUCUAGUGAUUUAACAGAAAAACAUCAGGGCAUGACAACUCUACGUGGAACUGUCUAAGAUAUUCACUAUGGUGGACAAGAAUAUAUACAUCGUUCAAGGGGAGAUUUCUGUUGUUGUGUCUGCUAUCAAGAGGAACUCUAGAUGGAGUACCCAUACUCCAUUGGAUGAAGAACAGGACCCACUACUCAACAGCUUCAGCCUCUUGAAAGACACCCUCAAUAACAUAAAAGAUCUUUCCGAUGUGGAACCCAAUGUGUUUCUUAGACCUUUCCUGGAGGUGAUCCGCUCAGAGGACACAACUGGACCAAUCACAGGUCUUGCUCUCACAUCGGUCAACAAGUUCUUGUCAUAUGGCCUUAUAGAUGCCAAUCAUGAAGGGGCGGCAGAGGGCAUCGAGAACAUGGCCGACGCCGUCACGCAUGCGAGAUUCGUGGGCACCGACCCUGCUAGUGACGAGGUUGUACUGAUGAAAAUCCUCCAGGUUUUAAGGAGUUUGCUGCUAACUCCAGUUGGAGCCCAUCUUACCAAUGAGUCCGUUUGUGAGAUCAUGCAGUCCUGUUUCCGAAUAUGCUUUGAAAUGAGAUUAAGUGAGCUGCUGAGAAAGUCAGCUGAACACACGCUGGUGGACAUGGUGCAGCUGCUCUUCUCCAGAUUGCCACAGUUCAAAGAGGAGGCCAAGAGUUAUGUCGGCACAAACAUGAAGAAGGCUUACAAUAUCUUAUGGAAAAACAAACGAGUGCAGCUGAAGAUGAGAGCCGGGGGAAUAAGCGAGUCGUCCAAGUGGAAGAAACAGAAGCGUUCUCCCCGCCCCCCUCGUCACAUGGUGCGCAGUCCCUCAGGACAGAUGGAUCCAGCCCAGUCCAGUACCCUCACCAACAACCUUUCAGGUGGAGUUCCCUUCAUAGAGCCGCACAGUGGAGGCUCUUCUACUCUUCCAGGUUCAGACAGUGCAGCUUCCUCCAUCUCCAGCCCCACCACUGACAGUGGCUUAGACGGCAGCUCUAAAACCACCUCAAAGGAAGACCUCACAGACCUGGAGCAGAGCAGCUCAACGGCCACCACUCCCGUAGAAUCACAGUAUGAGGGCAGGGAAGUGGAGCGUGCCCAGUCAGCCUCAGUGGAGUCCAUUCCUGAAGUCCUGGAAGACAGAGACUUGCUGGCUGACCAGUCUGAUUCGGCAUCGGUUCACGACAUGGACUAUGUGAACCCCAGAGGAGUGCGCUUCACGCAGUCCACCCAGAGAGAGGGUGCUGCUUUAAUCCCGUAUGGUCUCCCGUGUCUGAGAGAGCUCUUCCGGUUCCUCAUCUCUCUCACCAACCCACAUGACCGCCAUAACUCGGACGUGAUGAUGCACAUGGGUCUCCAGUUGUUGAAUGUGGCCCUUGAAGCUGCACACAUCGCCCCCUACCAGUCGUUGCUCUGUCUGGUCAAAGAUGAGCUCUGUAGACACCUCAUACAGUUGUUAGGUGUAGACCGAAUGAAUCUGUAUGCCGCCUCCAUACGCGUGUGCUUUCUUCUCUUUGAAAGCAUGCGAGAACAUCUCAAGUUCCAGCUUGAGAUGUACCUGAAGAAGCUAAUGGACAUCAUCACCUUGGAGAACCCUAAAAUGCCCUAUGAGAUGAAGGAGAUGGCCCUAGAGGCCGUUGUACAGAUCUGGAGAAUCCCCAGCUUUGUCACAGAGCUCUAUAUAAAUUAUGACUGUGACUUUUACAGCUCCAACCUGUUCGAGGACCUCACCAAACUGCUCUCUAAGAAUGCCUUUCCAGUCUCUGGGCAGCUCUACACUACGCAUCUCCUCUCACUUGAAGCCCUGCUGACAGUGAUUGACAGCACAGAGGCUCAUUGUCAGGCCAAAGUGCUCAACAGUGCUUCACAGCUGGACCAAUCAGAAUCAUCAACAGUGGAAGGAGACAGUUCAGUCAAUACAAUCACAGAUUCAACAAUAGAGCCUGGCAAAUCUGUACCAGGUUCUAAUGGGCAGAAUACUGUGGUGUCAGAGACGAGGACUGCCUGUCCUCCCACCAGCGGUCAUCUGAUGGCAGAGAAGAUGAGAUUUGGCAGACAGGACCAGGAGGAGACGGACACAGCUGAGAAGAAAAUCUUGAAGAAGCCUCAGCGUUUCUCCAGCGGUCUUCCAAAUUCUCAGGAACUCUUGGAGAUCAAGAACAAAAAGAAGCUUCUGAUCACGGGUACUGAACAAUUUAAUCAGAAACCCAAGAAGGGCAUUCAGAUCCUACAGGAGAAAGGCCUGCUCAGCAGCCCCAUGGACAAUAAUGAGGUGGCCCAGUGGCUGAGAGACAACCCCCGCCUAGACAAGAAGAUGAUCGGAGAGUUUAUCAGCGACCGCAGGAACACCGACCUGCUGGACAGUUUUGUCAACACGUUCGGCUUCCAGGGCCUGCGCAUAGACGAGGCCCUCCGCUUGUAUCUAGAGGCAUUCCGUCUUCCUGGCGAAGCGCCUGUCAUUCAUCGGCUCUUAGAAACCUUCACUGACAACUGGCAUAAAGUGAACGGUAAUCCCUUCCUGACAAACGACGCUGGCUUCGCCCUGGCUUAUGCCGUCAUCAUGCUGAACACCGACCAGCACAACCAUAACGUUCGAAAGCAGAACAUCCCCAUGACGUUGGAGCAAUUCAAGAAGAAUCUCAAAGGUGUGAAUGGAGGAAAUGACUUUGAUCAAGACAUGCUGGAAGACAUCUACAAUGCCAUCAAGAACGAAGAGAUCGUGAUGCCCGACGAGCAGACGGGGCUGGUGAAGGAGAACUAUGUGUGGAGUGUUCUGCUGCACAGAGGAGCCUCUUCUGAAGGGAUUUUCCUGCAUGUGCCUGACAGCAGUUACGACCGCGACCUAUUCACUAUGACCUGGGGGCCGACUAUUGCAGCCCUUUCCUACGUUUUUGACAAGAGCCUGGAUGACACUAUCAUUCAGAAGGCCAUCACUGGGUUCAGGAAAUGUGCCAUGAUCUCUGCACACUACGGCUUCAGUGACGUCUUUGAUAACUUAAUCAUUUCGCUCUGCAAGUUUACUACUCUCAGCUCUGAGUCUGUAGAGAACCUGCCCACCGUAUUUGGCAGUAACAGGAAGGCUCAAGUCGCUGCCAAGACUGUGUUCAGCCUGGCCCAUAAUCAUGGUGACAUUUUACGAGAAGGAUGGAAGAACAUCAUGGACUCAAUGUUGCAGCUAUUCAGGGCUGAGCUUUUACCCAAGUCCAUGGUUGAGGUUGAAGACUUUCUAGACCCUAAUGAGAAGAUUUCCUUACAGCGUGAAGAGACACCAUCAAACAGGGGUGAGUCCGCCGUAUUGAGUUUUGUGAGCUGGUUAACAUUGAGUGAACAGUCUGGGCUCAGAGGCCCCUCCACUGAGAACCAGGAGGCCAAACAAGCUGCCCUGCUCUGCAUAAAGCACUGUGACCCAGAGAAGCUGAUUACAGAGAGCAAGUUUCUACAGUUGGAGUCUUUACAGGAGCUCAUGAAGGCUCUCAUCUCGGUGACCCCUGACGAGGAAACGUAUGAUGAAGAAGAUGCUGCCUUUUGUCUGGAAAUGCUGCUACGUAUUAUUCUUGAAAACAGGGACAGAGUAUCUUGUGUGUGGCAAACGGUACGGGAUCACCUGUACCAGUUAUGCGUCCAUGCUAAUGAGAGCUGCUUCCUGGUUGAGAGAUCAGUGGUGGGAUUGCUCAGACUUGCCAUACGCUUAUUACGCAGAGAGGACAUUGGCUCACAGGUUCUCCUCUCUCUUCGCUUGCUGUUGAUGAUGAAGCCUCAUGUCCUGUCCAGAGUCAGUCGAGAGGUGGCAUACGGCUUGCAUGAGCUGCUUAAAACCAAUGCUGCAAACAUCCACUGCACUGAUGACUGGUACACACUCUUUUCCCUUCUGGAGUGCAUCGGCGCUGGGGUCAAACCUCCGGCUGCCAUGCAGGUCACCAGCACCAACCCAGACACUGACACAGGUGCUCAGUCAGAUAGUGAACUGAGCUCAUAUCAUCAGAGUGAAGUUAGUCUCGACCGAGGAUACACGUCUGACUCUGAGGUUUACACAGAGCACGGCAAAUCCAGAAUACCUCGUUCAGCUACCGAUGUGGAUGUGGGCUGGCUAGUGGUUGGUAAGGAUGACUUGGAUGGAUCUAAGGCCACGGUGAUCCCAACUUCAAAGCCCCUGACCAAUCCUCUCAUUAACCAGUAUAGUUUAACUCUCGGGCAGGACGUGGGUCUCCAUGACACCAAGUCCCUCAUCAAGUGCGUGGAUUCGCUGUCCUUCAUCGUCCGCGAUGCUGCCCACGUCACUCCAGAAAACUUUGAGCUUUGUGUUAAAGCCAUACGAGUGUUUGUGGAGGCCAGCCUUAAUGGAGGGUACCGCACCCACGAGAAGAAAAAGAGCCACAAAUACGACUCCAAAUCCAGCCGGCUCCGAAAGAAGCCACGCGAGAAGGAUGGCGCGUCGCGGAGAGCCAAACCGUCCAGUCAGCGGCUCGCCCGUUCCCAUAGCGACGAUGAAGAAGAUGAGGGCGUGCCGGCCAGUUACCACACGGUGUCUUUUCAGGUUAGUCUGGACUUGUUAGACCUGAUGCAUACACUGCACACUCGAGCAGCCGGCAUCUACAGCUCUUGGGCAGAGGAACAGCGCCAUCUAGAGGAUGCUGGCAGAAAGAUCGAGGCGGACUCUCAAACACUGUGGUCCAGCUGCUGGUGUCCACUCCUUCAAGGUAUGGCUUGGUUGUGCUGUGAUGCACGAAGACAAGUCCGCAUGCAAGCUCUCACCUACCUACAGAGAGCACUUCUUGUACACGAUCUACAAACUCUAGAUGCGGUGGAGUGGGAGUCCUGCUUCAACAAGGUCCUGUUUCCUCUGCUGACAAAACUCCUAGACAACAUCAGUCCAGCUGAUGUGGGCGGCAUGGAAGAGACCAGGAUGAGGGCCUGCACACUGCUUUCUAAGGUGUUCCUGCAGCAUCUCUCUCCUCUGCUCUCUCUGCCCACAUUUGCUGCCCUCUGGCUCACCAUUCUAGACUUCAUGGACAAGUACAUGCAUGCUGGCUCCAGCGACCUUCUGCUGGAGGCGAUCCCCGAGUCUCUGAAGAACAUGCUGUUGGUGAUGGACACAGCAGGGAUCUUUCACAGCGCAGACUCUCGCACAGGCUACUCUGACCUGUGGGAAAUAACCUGGGAAAGAAUUGACUGUUUCCUGCCCCGGCUGAAGGAGGAGCUCUUCAAACAGGCUGUCAUCCCAGAACCAGUGUGUAAUGUUCCCGUGGAGGCCGUCCCACAGCCUGUUGCUGUUACUCCAGCCUCUCCCCCUGUGCCAGUCCCCUCACCAGUGCCAGUUGCCCCUGCAGAGCCAAAUAUUCCCAGCAGACCCUCGUCGCCUCGGGAUAUGCAGACACCUAGUGCCAACGGUGAUCGAACCGAUAGAUCAUCUCCAGUUCCUCCCUCAACUCCUCCGAUGCCCACUCCGACAAAGAUGAGUCCUUCAGUGUCCCCGCCCCCUCUCGGCCAAUCUCCACUCAUCCUGCAGCCCCUCGCCUCUCCGCUGCAGGUGGGCGUUCCCCCGAUGUCCCUGCCAAUCAUUCUGAACCCGGCUCUCAUAGAGGCUACCUCACCUGUGCCCCUGCUCCCCCGCCCCACCGCUGACUGACAGAGAAGCGCAGUGGAAGAGGCAUCUGAUUUCACUGUCCUCCUGCAGGCAAACUCUCUCCACAUCUGUAGCCCACACUAUUCAAUUAUGUAACAGCAGGAGCUGGAAUAAGAGUGCACGAGAGGACAUUGACAUGCAUGGUUGCCUCUCUUCGUUUCAAACAUCGAAGCAACUCCCAAACUGCUCGGACUCGAAUGUCCUUCAGUAAGAGAUGUUACACAGACGAUCAUAUUUAUUCAAAAGAGGAGGACGGUUCAUUAUUGAUGAGACUACAUUUAUUUCAGUCAGGGGUGUCUGGUAGGUUAGCUGCUCCUUCCAGAGCAGGUUUUAAUGUACUAGUGCUCAGAUUUAAUCUGUGAUGACAGAAUGGUGGAGGUACCGCACACUGGGUCCAGCUAAUGAUACCAUAAUAACUACACUGCUUAAGCUAAUUGAACCUGUACAGUAUGAUGAAGAAAACUUAAUUUAUUUUGACAAUUCAUAUUGUUUCUUAUUGUGGCUUUUACACUUUUACACAGUCGCAGAGAAGUAGCCACUUAUUGUUUGCCGGUUCCUUAGUGGGGAAAUGAAAGGGUUAAUUCACCCAAAAAUGAAGAUUCUGUCAUCAUUUACUCACCCUCGUGUCGUUCCAAACCCGUAUGACUUUCUUUCUUCUGUAGAACACAAAAGAAAGUUGACUUUCCAUUGUAUUUUUCAGAAGAAAGCGAGUUGUACAGAUUUGAUUUGACGUGAGGAUGAGGAAAUGAUGACAAUGUUCAUUUUUGGAAGUCUACAAAAGUUAUUUUGGUUGAUAACAAUAAAACGCCACAUGAGUUCCCGUGCAACAUUCCGGACACGUCACUAAUGUUUUCAACUAAAUGAACCAGGUGAACUCUGAAAGUCAGGUUUUCUUUUAUUUCGAUGGGUGUUUUUUAUUCGCAAGUUGUCUUAAAGAGAGAGUUUUGUUGCUCAGGUUUUGCUGUAUCGCUGUGGCACCUUCUGCUCUUUAAAAGUUUCCCUUUCGAGAAUUCCUCCUGGCCAUGAUCACGACGACGACAUUGAUCAGUUCUUUCAAAUAUCCGUUUCUGCUAUUCUUUCUAUCUACCAUAUCCCUUUAUUGUGGUGAUCUCGACUCUGGAAGUUCAGCAACCACUUUUAGUUUUGUAUGAAUUAAUGAAUGCUUCAUAAAAAGUUGAUGCCAGAAGAGGGCUGUUAAAUUCACUAAUAUAAAAAUGUAAGACCCGCACCUCCGCUUGCGUCAGCCAAGACAGCUCAAGUCUCAAUCUAGAGAUCAGUGUAUGACCUGAGACUCGUGGUUUGUCCUCUCAGCAUGUAUGUUUGGAUCAGUACAGAAACUGUAGGUGCUUUAAGGAAUUGUACUGUAAUUUAAUGUAGAUCAAUGAAACCAACACAAACCUAAGAGGUGGCUGUGGAUGUUUUCUUUUGUAUGUGCACUUGUUGUGCUGCAUUCUUAGAUACAUCAGGAACUAAUUCUGUAGUCAACAGGUAACAAUGAAAAUAAUCUGUAUAUAUGAAUAAAAGUUAAUGUACUUUUUACAAUGUAAUAAAUAUAUGGUAAAUAUCAUAA